GCUUCUGCAGUGAGGAAAUAGCACAGGCCGAGCGGGUCAGGAGGGGCCUGGGCCUGCGGUCUGGGCGGCCUGGGCGGGGGCUCAGGGGGCCACCUGCCAAGCUGAACCCCAGACGGACGUUUAGAAGAAGUGAAAGAAUGACGGGUCUCUGGGUGCCUGAAAGGGUUACUCCUCCUUAGACUGGCUAUAAAAAUGCUAUUGGCCUUUACUCAGCAGGGCCAAAGUGCAGGCCGGAUAUCUUCUGUCUCCAUUCAGUGCCUUUGUUAUUUUGGCUGAGAGGAAGUGAGCGGCACAUCUUUCCAGAGCAAGGAUGGAGCAACAGCUUGAGAUCAAGAAGGAAGGGAGGCUGACACUCGUGCUUGCCCUGGCCACGCUGAUUGCCGCCUUUGGGUCAUCCUUCCAGUACGGGUACAAUGUGGCCUCCAUCAACUCCCCUGCUGAGCUCAUGAAAGAAUUUUAUAAUGCGACCUACUAUGAUAGAAGCAGUGAGUACCUGAGCGACUUUUCCUUGACCCUUCUGUGGUCCAUUUCUGUGUCCAUGUUCCCCUUCGGAGGCCUCAUCGGGUCCCUCAUGGUUGGCCCCUUGGUGAACAAGUUUGGCAGGAAAGGGACCUUGCUGCUGAACAAUGUCUUCUCCAUCGUGCCUGCCAUCUUAAUGGGAUGCAGCGAAGUUGCCAAGUCCUUUGAGAUGAUAAUCGUGUCUAGACUUCUGGUGGGCAUCUGUGCAGGUCUGUCUUCCAACGUUGUCCCCAUGUACUUAGGGGAGCUGGCCCCCAAGAACCUGAGGGGGGCCCUGGGCGUGAUGCCCCAGCUCUUCAUCACUGUCGGCAUCCUUGUGGCCCAGAUCUUCGGCCUUCGGACCCUCCUCGCCACCAAGGAAGGCUGGCCCAUCCUCCUCGCUGUGACCGGGAUCCCGGCUGUCAUGCAGCUUCUGCUGCUGCCCUUCUUCCCCGAGAGCCCCAGGUACCUGCUGACUAAGAAGAAAGACCAGACAGCUGCCAAGAAAGCACUGCAGACGCUGCGUGGCUGGGAAGAGGUAGACGCUGAGAUGGAGGAAAUUCGACAGGAGGACGAGGCCGAGAGGGCCGCCGGCUCCAUCUCCGUGAUAAAGCUGUUCAAGCUGAGGUCCCUGCGGUGGCAGGUCAUCUCCAUCAUCAUCCUCAUGGCUGGCCAGCAGCUGUCGGGAGUGAACGCGAUCUACUACUACGCAGACCAGAUCUACCGGAGCUCAGGGGUGAAGGAGAAUGACAUCCAGUACGUGACGGCGGGCACGGGGGCCGUCAACGUGGUCAUGACCGUGUGCGCCGUGGUCGUGGUGGAGCUUUUGGGAAGGAGAUUCCUGGUCCUCCUGGGCUUCUCCACCUGCUUCAUUGCCUGCUGUGUGCUGACGGUCGCUCUGGUUCUGCAGGACACAGUAUCCUGGAUGCCUUACCUCAGUAUCACCUGUGUCAUCGUCUACGUCAUAGGACACGCCCUGGGGCCCAGUCCCAUCCCCGCGCUGCUUGUCACUGAGAUCUUCCUGCAGUCCUCCCGGCCCUCUGCCUUCAUGGUGGGGGGCAGCGUCCACUGGAUCUCCAACUUUACCGUGGGCUUGCUCUUCCCCUUCAUCCAAGACGGCCUCGGAGCCUACAGCUUCAUCCUCUUUGCUGGAAUAUGCUUCCUCACCACCAUCUACACAUUCCUGGUUAUCCCUGAGACCAAGGGCAAGACGUUCAUGGAGAUCAACCAGAUUUUCGCCAAGAAGAACAAGGUGUCAGAGGUGCACCCAGAAAAGGAGGAACUGAAGGACCUUCCGCCCUCCACUUUGGAGGAGUAACUCAAGAGGAGGAGCCUGUUAAGUGGGUCUGUGCCGAGCUCUCUUCUUGGGGCUUUUUUCUGACUAAUAGCUGCCUGUACAUAUUCAGAACUAGGACGAGUCCAGGGUGGAGCGCAGGCCCACCGGGACUGCCUGAAGGGCUUCUGCGCGUUUCUCAAAGCCAGGCUGUCUCUCCUCAGCCUGACCCAGCACCAACCCCGAGUCAGUGAGCCGCCGGCCCUCCCCCGUGGCCUGGCCAGCCAUCGUGCGGCUCCGGUGACACCAGCUCUUGGGACAGAAAUCAUUACCGUGCUGGUCAAAUAGAAGGGAUCCAAUCUGGCCAGAGAAACAAACUCUUCUCCAGUCCCGUGGGUCUUCCGGGGGCCACGGGUGUGUGUGCAGAGCAGAAACUCCUUCUCUGGUGAGAUCCGGCUCCAGAAUCACCACCCUUGGCGAGUGCAGUGUCAGGAGUAAGGAUGCCCAGGAAGUUGGGGAACAGUUCCCUGCGGAGACUUUAACCAAGUCGGAGAUGAUUGACCCUGAAUUGUAUUGUUAGAAGACAAUGCAGUCGCCUCUGUGUACUCAAUAAAACAAAUGUGAUCGCUCUCA